GUGGUUAAGUUUACCAUUUGUCCGAUGAUUGCUGUUGUCGCCUUUCGUGAUUCCGGAGGUUCGUUUCGUUAAGAGAAAGAAAAAAAUAGAGAGAGAGAGAGAGAGAGAGAGGGAUAGAGACAGGUAAAUGAAUUUUGUCCUUCGAUUUGAAAACUCAAGUAAGUCAAUUUUGUCGAACGAACGAAGAAGAUAGAGAAGCAAAGGGAAGUCCCAACGAAGAGAAGAGAGAAAGAGAUAGAUAUACGAAUAGAGAUAGAGAUAGAAAGAGAGAGAGAGUGAAAGAGAGAGAGAGAGAGAGAGAGAGAAAAAGAGAAAGAUAGAACGUGAUCGAGAGCGAGAGUGAGAGAGGGGGCGUUUGAGUAAGUGGAAAGGGAGAAGGGCCGAAGAGCUACAAAGAGCACAAUGUUGAAUAUCUGUCGUCAAGUUUUUAUUACAAAUAGCCAAAAAGUAGGUAAAAGAUGUCUAGGAUCUAUAGUGCCUCUACCAAAUCCUCCCGAUGUACCAUUGGAGAACGAACCUAUUCUAGGUUAUACAAAAGGAAGCAAGGAACGGGCCGAAUUAGAGAAGGUCUUGGAUGAAAUGGCAAGUGAAUGUACCGAAGUGCCAUUAGUGAUUGGUGACAAAGAAAUUAAGACGGAUUUGUGCAAAUAUCAAGUUAUGCCACAUAACCAUAAAGCUAAAAUUGCUAAAUAUUAUUGGGCUACGCCAGAUUUAAUACAGAAAGCUAUCGACGUUGCUGUGAAAGCUCAAAGGGAAUGGGAGAAGUGCCCUAUUGAAAAACGAUUAGAAAUAUGGUUAAAGGCUGCUAAUCUCAUGUCAAAGAAAUAUAGACAACAUUUAAAUGCUGCCACUAUGCUUGGACAGAGUAAAUCUGUUAUUCAGGCGGAAAUUGAUAGUGCUGCUGAAUUAAUUGAUUUCUUCAAAAUACAAGGAUCUUAUGUUAAGGACGCUUUGAAAUAUAAACCGAUUUCACCGAACAAAACUGUAUUAAAUUCAUUGAGGUAUCGUGGAAUGGACGGUUUUAUUGCUGCUGUAUCACCUUUCAAUUUUACUGCUAUUGGUGGUAAUCUUAGUUAUACUCCAGCUUUAAUGGGAAAUGCAGUUUUAUGGAAACCAUCAGAUACGGCUUUGCUUUCCAAUUGGUGGAUCUUUAAAAUAUGUAGAGAAGCUGGUGUACCACCAGGCGUUGUGAAUUUUGUUCCUUGCGAAGGUCCAGUUUUUGGAGAUACGAUAACUGCUUCCCCUUAUUUGUCUGGUAUUAACUUCACCGGAUCAGUACCAACAUUUAAUCGUUUAUGGAUGCAAGUUGGUAAAAAUUUGGGAAAAUAUAAGAAUUAUCCAAAAUUAGUAGGAGAAUGCGGUGGUAAGAAUUAUCACUUUGUUCAUCCAAGUGCCGACGUACAAACGGUGAUUAUCGCGACAAUAAAAAGUGCUUUCGAAUUUAAUGGUCAAAAAUGUUCAGCAUGUAGUAGAAUGUAUGUUCCUGAAUCUUUAUGGUCUAAGAUAAAGGAUGGUCUUUUAUCGACACGCGAUCAACUUAAAAUAGGCGAUAUUAGAGAUUUCUCUAUUUUUACUGGGGCCGUUAUCGAUGCCACGGCGUUUAAAAGAAUUUCUGGUUAUAUCGAGCAUGCUAAAACGUCAAGUGACUUAGAAAUUAUUGGAGGUGGUCAAUACGACGACAGCACCGGAUAUUUCAUUCAACCGACGAUAGUAACGACAAAGAAUCCAAAUGAAAAAAUCAUGACGGAAGAAAUAUUUGGACCUGUAUUAACCAUUUAUAUUUACAAAGAUUCGAAACUCGAUGAAACGAUGAAAUUGGUCGAAACUUCGACCCCUUAUGCAUUGACAGGAGCGGUAUUUACCCAAGAUGAACAAUGGGCGAGAAAAGCAUUGGAGGAACUCAAAUACACAGCAGGUAAUUUUUAUGUUAAUGAUAAAUCUACUGGAUCGGUUGUUGGCCAACAGCCUUUUGGUGGCGGCAGAAUGUCCGGUACGAAUGAUAAAGCCGGUGGUCCUCAUUAUGCUUUACGUUGGUCAUCACCUCAGGCAAUUAAAGAAACAUUUAUUCCUUUGAAAGAAUAUGAUUAUCCAUACAUGAGGUCGUAAACACUCGAGUGUUUAAAUGUCGAUUUAAAUAAUAUAAUAAUACAAAUAUAGGUCCGCGCGCGUGUAUCGCUGAGCGAUUAUAUCGCACUUCAAAUUGAGAUGCGAUGCCGAAUGUCUAUAGUUGUAAAAAUAAUGGGAUCGUCUCGUGCAUUUCUUAAUGUGGAUAAGUUUAAAUAUACGAGUAAAUAUCGCUAGUUAGACUUGCGAGGCAAUCUCGAUUUGUUUUUGGCGUAUUUAAAAAUCAAUUUUUUGAAGGCUGUAAAUGUAAAUAACAAAGUAUGAUCCUUAGAGAGAGAGAGAGAGAGAGAGAGAGAGAGAGAGAGAGAGAGAGAGAGAGAGAAAGAGAAAACGAGAGAGCGAGAGAGAGAGAGUUAUUACGUGUAUGUAGUUUAUGCCUACAUAUAGUUACGUUUAUAAUACGUUUACAGACUUUGAUAAUAUAUAUAUAUAUAUAUAUAUAUACCCACACACACACAUAUAUAUAAUAUAUAUACGUAUAUGAUAUAUAUAUAUAUAUAUACAUAGUCGAUCUUGUGUUCUGCAAAACAAGAGAAAUGAAUUCUUUUACGUUUAAAAUAUUUUAGCAGACAUAGAAAUAUCGGCUCGAUGUGUUCUCUAAAAUAGGCUUCGAUAAUGCCAUUAACAAAGCGUAUAAAUGUAAUUUAUAUUAUUGCAUGUAAUUUAGAGCUUUCUUAUAAAUACAUCAACGCCUCAGGAAAUUAUCACAAAGUGAAUAAAGAUGUUAAGGUAGCCUUAUUUUCAAAGUUACUAUAGUUCAGGGCACGAUUCGUGGGUCAGAAAUGAGUAUACGUUAUAAUAUUUAUAUGAUGCGAAAGAGGAAUGCAAAUUAGCUCUUUGAAAUAAUUUUCAAAAUUGCUCAAACGAAAAGAACAAUUAUUAAAUCAUUUAUCUUUAUUCUUUUCUUUUUUUUUUUCUCUCUCUUAUUUUCUGACGUACGAAGUUAAUAUGAUGACAAGAUUCGUAUGUGACGGAGAUUUAUUCGUAAGGAUUGUUAAAAUUUUCUAAUUAUAAGUCAUACGUUAUAAAGAUCGAUUAUUUAAUCGAUGUGUUGCAGUAUUUUUAUUAUUUGGUUUAUAAUUAUAUAGAAUUUAAAAACGACACAUCUUUUUCAAGCAUUUGGAUACUGCUGUUAUGUAGAAAAUUUGUGUUGCUCAUAUAUUUAUGUGAUAUAUUUAUACAUAAAUAUGUAUCAUGUGUAUAUAUAUAUACAUAUACAUAUAUAUGUAUGUAUAUAUGUAUGUAUGUAUGUAUGUAUAUAUAACAAAUACAUUUCUUAAUAUGUAGUUCAACGAGCAAUUGCUAGUGAUAUUUUAUUCACAGAAUUACUUUGAUAAUCUGAACAGUAUAAAUAUUGGUGUUAGCACAUAUAAAUGGCUAAUAGUUAUUGAGUAUAUCAUUAAUACAAUGUUCAACACAAUAUAAUUGGUUUUCUUUUAUGAUCGGCGCCUUUUGUGAUAUAUAAUAAUUAUUAUUAUUAUUAUUAUUAUUAUUAUAAAAUAGUAGAUCUAUGUAAAAUAAUAAUUCUUGUAAGUCCUGCACAGCGGAAAGAAAUUUCUGUAAUCGUUAUGCAACUGUUGUUUGUCUUGAAUGUGAUUUAAUGGAGACCAUUGGUCCCACGAGUCAAACAAUCAUCGUAUACUUAUCAAUAAACAACUGAAGGUAUACUAGGUACAUUGACGGAUGUUACGAUGUAAUUUAUUUGAACUGUAAAAUAGCAAUAAAAUGAAAUGCUAUUCACAA